AUGACUGUUAUAUCUGAGAAAUACACACAACUUAUUCUGCAUGAUGUAAAUAUAGUGCUCAAAAAUAGAUAUGUUCUGCUGGGACUGCUGACAUUCAGAGAUGUAGCCAUAGAAUGCUUUCUGGUGGAGUGGCAAUGCCUGGAUCAUGCUCAGCAGAAUUUAUAUAGAGAUGUGAUGUCAGAGAACUACAGAAACCUGGUCUCCCUGGGUAUUGCUGACUCUAAGCCAGAUUUGAUCACCUGUCUGGAGCAAAAUAAAGAGUCUUGGAAUAUAAAGAGAAAUGAGAUGGUAGCCAAACAGCCAGUUAUGUGUUCUCAUUUCACCCAAGAACUUCAUCCAGAGCAGGGCAUAAAAGAUUCACUUCAAACAGUAAUACUGAGAACAUAUGGAAAAUGUGGACAUGAGAAUUUACAAUUAAAAAAAUGCUGUAAAAGUGUGGGUAAGUGUGAGGUGCACAAAGGAGGUUAUAAUGAAGUUAACCGAUGUUUGUCAAACACCCAAAACAAAAUAUUUCAGACUCAUAAAUGUGUCGAAGUCUUUGGUAAAUUUUCAAAUUGCAAUAGACAUGAAACAAGAUGCACUGGAAAGAAACAUUUGAACCGUAAAAAAUAUGACAAAACAUUUUGCAUGCUUUCACACCUAAAUCAAUAUCAGAUAAUUCAUACCAGGGAGAAGUCCUACAAAUGUGAUGAAUGUAGCAAAUCCUUUAGCCGCUCCUCAAACCUUACUGCACAUAAAAGAAUUCAUACUGGAGAGAAACCCUACAGAUGUGAGGAAUGUGGCAAAGCUUUUAGGUGGCCCUCAAACCUUGCUAGACACAAGAGAAUUCAUACUGAAGAGAAACCCUACACAUGUGAAGAAUGUGGCCAAGCCUUUAGGCGCUCCUCAACACUUACUAAUCACAAGAGAAUUCAUACUGGAGAAAGACCCUACAAAUGUGAAGAAUGUGGCAAAGCCUUUAGCGUAUCCUCAGCCCUCACUGAACACAAGAGAAUUCAUACUGGAGAGAAACCCUACACAUGUGAAGAAUGUGGCAAAGCCUUUAGCUGCUCCUCAACCCUUAAGAUACAUAAGAGAAUUCAUACUGGAGAGAAACACUACAAAUGUGAAGAAUGUGGCAAAGCCUUUAGCUGCUCCUCAACCCUUAAGACACAUAAGAGAAUUCAUACUGGAGAGAAACCCUACAAAUGUGCAAAAUGUGACAAAGCUUUUAAGAGGCAUUCAAGUCUUGCUAAACAUAAGAUAAUUCAUACUAGAGAGAAACCCUACAAAUGCAAAUAA